AUGAUUAAUCACCUCUUGCAUAAUUGGUAUCAUCCUGUAGAAGAUCCAGUGGAGUAUGAAGAAAUCAGAAGGUAUGAUGAUGGAAGAAGAGUAAAUUUUAAACUUUAUAACCAAGAGAUAUGAUAAAACAUUAAGAGAAAAAGGAGGAAUAGAGUACUAUUUAGUAUCAAAAAAGUUUAUUAAAUAAUGGAAAUAUUAUGUGGAUUAUUAUGAAGAAAUAGGAAAUCAAUAGAGAGAGGCCAAAAAAAAAGUUUUGAAAUUUAAAUAUAUUAGCCUGAUAAAAUUAAUUCAGAUUUAGUUUGUAAUGAAAAGCUUUUUAACUAUAUCCCUGAAGAUCAUGUCUAUAAUUCCAGUAUUCGUUAUUUGGAAAAUGAAUGGGAUUAUGAAUACGUAAUAUUAUAAAUCAUAAAAAUUAGAUACUUAAAGAUGUUUUUGAUUUUUUGUAAGAUAAAUACUCAUCAAUUGAACCAUAAAAAAGAAUUGGAUAUUAUUAUGAGAGUGAAAAAAAAAAAAUUGUUUAUCCAAAUUUAGCUCGAGUAUAAACAUUUACUACUUAUAGUUUACUUUGUUAUAUUAAUCUUUAAAAGAUAAUAAAACCUAUAGUGUCAAAGUACAAGUAGACUAUCACUCAGAAAUAAAAUCUUGGCUUGAUUUAUUAAAAGAGACUUUUUAAGAGGAAUUUAAAUAAAAAUAGAUUAAAAAUAUUAGAAUUUGGUAACCUAGACAUAAAAAUCUAAAAGUUGAUCUUUUGAUAGAAUAGUUAGAAAAAAUUAAUUUUGUUGAUGGAGAUAUUUUGUUAGAAAAUCUCAUGAUCUUUCAACUUUAAUCAAUAAGAGAUAAUUGUCUCAUUCUAGAUUUUGAGUUAAAUACAUGGUAAUUUAAUAAAAUGGAAUAAUAAUAAUAGAUUGAAUUUGAUAUUGAUCUCUUAUUCAAUAGAGCUAUAAAUGGUUGUGGUAAAUAUGUAUGUGAUUUUCCAUUUUGCAAAUUGAAUAAUGAAUAUCUUGAACAAGAUUUUAGUUAAGAUGAUAUCAAAGGAAUUUGCUCGUAAUUAAUUGAAAAUGAAGAAAUCAAUUGGAACUAAUUAUGUUAUUAAGUAAGAAACAUUAAUGAUAAAUUGGUUCCUUUGUAAAUGUCAGAGUUUUAAAAAGAUUUGCAUGAAGCUACUCUCAAAGUCUCUUGUUAAUUAGAAAUGUUUGGAGUAUCAUUUGUUGAAAAUUUUUACAAUAAAUCUGGCAUUUAUAAAAUUGAUUCUCAUAAUGCAGAUGUAGAUUCUAAUUUAAUUAUUGAUACAUAAAAAAAAUUUAUUAGUUACGGAGGUUUAAGUUUAGUAACAAAUAAUUUAUUUUCUUAAAAAGAAAAAAAUUUAGAACCUUUGACCAAUUAAUAUUAAUUGAGAGCACUUUAUUUAAUAUUAUAAUUUCGCAAAUAUUUAGAAUAUAUUAUUGAUGAAAAAAUCUCAAAUAUUAUUAAAAAUUAUAAGAAGACUUAAUAAAAAUUAGAAAUCAUAGUUAUCUAGAUGGUUUACAAACCUUUCAAAAGCAGAAUUUGUAGAGACUACAAAAAUAGUUAAAAAAUUAAUAAAUUCCCAAAUUUUGAGACAGUAACAUUCUCCAUUAAUCCCUUUCUUGGUAAUAGAAGAUUCCCAAAAAAAUGGUAGGUUUAUUUGAAUUAUUUUAAAUUUUAUAAGAAUCCAAAAAAAUGAA